UCAUCGCUACAAAAAGCACAGAAAGCAUGUUUUUUUUACCUCUGCAUUCUCUCUCCUCUCAAUCAAACUUUCUCUUUCCUCUGCAACUUCAUCGAUUACCCAAAACCUCCGUUUGAGAUUUUUGUUCUCUGACCCACCGACUACAUUCCAAUCACAAGCUCCAUUAAUUCCUGCAUUUUUCUUGAAGAAGAAGAAUAUGGACCUUCACUUCAAUUAAUCAGGAGUAGUUAAUAUUUCUGGGAUUUUCCUCGAAUUUUUAAAAUUUAAGGGAGAACACUCAACAAUGGCGGAAGUAAAGCGAGCAGCAAGAGGGGCGUCAUUUUCUCUCUCCUCCAGCAAGAAGCCACAGAGCUUUAGCAACAAUGGAGUCAGUUCUUCUUCUACUUCUUUCAAGCACAUAUACGACGAUGUUUUCGCUGCUUCUUCGUCUCCGAAGGUGCAAUCUUCUUCAACCUCUUUCAUGGAAGAUGAUUAUGCUGAAGUUUUCGGGUCCUCAAAAUCGAGUAAUGGCGCUUGGAACAUCUCUUAUUCGUCGAUUCCGUUACUCGAACUUCCAAAAGAGAAAGGGUUUGGGCUUGGUAGUAGAGGAGGAGGAGAGAGAGUUGAUUAUGGUGGGGUUUUUGGAGUUGGUGUUGAUAAUAGUGAUGGUUUUGGUUUGCCGGAUGGUGAAGAGUUGUUUGAUCAGUUGAAGAAGAAACCCAAAACUUCAAGGGGCCAAGGACAAACCACAGAAGCCACCAGGCCCACCACCCCAGAGAUUUCUGGCCAAUCUUAUGAUGUGCAGUCACCAACAAAUAGAUUUUGCCAAUCAUUUGACAAUAUGGAGCAUUUUGAACCUGGGAACAAAGUGGUGGUGAACGCGACUAGAGGGCCAAGAAAAGAAGCUCAUGUUCGUGCUUAUUCGUUGCAUGACGUUAGUGCUACUCAGAAGACCCUGUCUAGUCAAACACCUGUGAUCAAAGAUGAUACUCUGGACACAAACUCCAAGGAUGAGAAGACGCAAGGGAAUCACGUCAGGCAUACUAGUUUGGAUCUUGCUGUUAACAAGCAAAAUACUAACAGUGAUACUGGCCUACAGAAAGUAUCUGGUAUGAGGGAGUCAUAUUCAGUUGUUACAUCUCAUGGCACAUGCCAAUCCAGUAACACUGCAACAAAUGGAUUCUGCCAAUCACUGGACAACACAAAGCAUUCCGAGUAUAAGAUCAAUGAAUUGAACAUUAAAAGCACUCGUGGGGAAACACAUUCAGUUGACUUGCAUCCAGUUCAGGAACCUAAUAGUUCAUUGCAGCCAGAAGCAAAACCAGAGUCUUCAUGGUCCAAUGAACUUGGUCCUAAUCAAAAGAUUCUUUCCAGUAUAACAUCUGUGCUCAGCGAGGAGACACAAACUGGCGUAGGUGUUAAGCAUUCAAGUAAUACUGGCUCAGAUCUUGGUGCUAACAGACAGAAGUCACAGAAUGACCAGUGUGAUCCGGUCUUUCAAAAUGCAUGUGGAUUGAGCGAGUCAUCUUCAAUUGAUACCUCUCAAGAAACAUGUCAAACAAGCUUUACAGCAGGGCCAUCUAAGGUGGUGAAAGAUGAUGUUCAGAUUGCCAUUGGCUGUGACGAGGUAAAGAAGAAAGGAAGGCGUUCUAGGAUGACCAGCAUAGAUCUUGGUGAUUAUAAACCUUCUGGUGGGGAGCGUGGCGAUGGGCCAAAACGAAAACCUCGGUUUGGGGGUUCAUAUUCAUUUGAUGCCUCACAUGAUCCUUGUGCUGGUCAUGUUAAAGCGCAGCCCUCUAUGAUGUAUCCUUCUUCAAGUCUGCCUCAGUUUUUUCCUGUUGAGAGCCGAUAUAAGGUAUCAGAAAACUCAAACUGCAAGAGUUCUCAAAAGAAUCCGUACAGAGGUGUUGGAGGUUCACCACCACCCCUUGCCGAGGAGUUAGAUGUAACUUCAGUUGCUGCAGUUUCCGCAGCUACCUUGCAGAGGGCAAUCGAGGAGGCUGAAUUGAGAAUUCGGUUGGCGAAGGCAUUCUUGGAGCGAGAAUGUCAAGGGUCUACCAAGUUAAGGUUUAAGGAUACUUUGAAGGUGAAAACUUCAAAGGAGAAUGGACUAGACAAUGAGAUAAACACUUUUAAACAAACUGCGAUGCAUGAAUGUUCUCCUCCAAUAGACAGUGACAUGCGACCUUGUUCACCUUUAGAAAGAAAGAGUGUGGUGGAAAAUCCUCAAGCGCCUGUAGUUUUUGAAGAUCAGGCGCCUGAAGUUUUUGAAGACCAAAAUAAUUCUGUCUCGGAUGGGGAACUCUCUGAAGGAAUAGGUGCGAAGGCUUCAAACUUGAUUGGAGGGGAUGAUAAACUUGAAGUAGAGUGGGAAGCGGCAAAGCACCUCAAUCAACUUAUAAGUGGAGUAAAGAAUAGAUUAGCUAGCUUUAUGUCCUGGCAGACUGAGACUGAGAUUGAGAAGAAAGAGGGUAUGAGGGAAACAGAGGAUAUUAUGAAGCCUCAGCAGCGACCUGAAGAAGUUGAACAUGUUGUCCAAGAUCACGAGGCUUCUAAGAAAAACAGAACUAGUGGAAAUCAAAGCACUACUACGAGUGCUGGUAAAGCUCUGUGUCGGCAGAAUAAAAUAGGAUUUGCAUCAAGGGCUCUGGAACCAGAGGAAAAUGAAUCAAUCCGGAGCUUCAAUGUGGCGCAGGACAAAGCAGGAACCACAGUUGAUUUCAUUCCAGAUACUACAGACCCUAGCUCAGAAGAAUUUCAGUUCUUUGCUUUUAGGAAUCAGAUUUUAUGUGAUCCUCCUGAUCCAGAAGUAGAGGAGAAGGGACCCCAACGAAGCAGGGUGUUUGAGAUUGAGAAUAGACAAGAACAAUUGACAAGUGAAGUAAAAUAUGAACACAUACCUUUGCAGGAUGAAGAGCUGCAGGAACUGGAUGAAAAAUGUGCGACUCAUGACAGUAAGAGGCAGGAAAAUAUGUGUAGAAUGAGUGACAUAGGUUCUAAUGACGCAGAAAAUGACAAGACAGUGGAGGAGCCUUGUUCUUUGGCUGGGCAUAACGAAAUGGAACUCUCUCAUGAAGAGGACAGACAAGUUUUAAUUAGUGCAAGGGGCAAUAUUUGUUCUGUCAAUGAAGAAAAUGUUGAUAUGGUGGAAGCGCAUUAUUCCAUAGCUGGGAAUGAGAAAAAGGAACUUACUCACGAAGAGGGUGGGCAAGAUGAUACGAGUAGGAAGACGCAUACUGGCUCUUUUACUGAAGAAAACAAUGAGAUAGUGGAGGAGUCUUAUUCCCUUGCUGAGCACAAUGAAAAGGAACUCACUCAUGAAGACGAUGGGCAGGGUGUUAAAUACAGGAAGAUCGAUUUAGGUUCCAGCAAUGAAGAGAGUAAUGAGAUUGCGCAGGAACUUUGUAAACAGGAUAGGCAUGAAAGAAAUGAUGCUUUUCCUGAAGAGAGCAACGAUAAAAGUUUGAAGGAUGAAUUUAAUGAGAAAGCGGUAGACAAUUUUCAUGUAUGUGAAAAUACUACAGAGAGAAGUGGCAAUGAUGGUGAGUGUGAAGUGCUAAAGGAAGCUAAAAACCAGCAUGAGAACAUAGAGUUUAUGGAAGAGUUUAACCUGGUAGGAGAAGCCUUGAAGAAUAUUGCAGCCACUGAUGCUGUAUUUAAAUGUCAAGAAAAUGGUAGGGGUCAAGGAGAAACCAAUCACAUUGAAGAAGUUUCUGGACAAGCAUAUGGGAGGGAAGAAAUCAAAAUAAUUCAUAGUGAAACUGAUCAUAUAGAGGAAACUGCAGAAAAAGUGACCCUGCAAGCAAGUUGCAUCGCUUCAGCUGAAGAGGGAUGCAAACAGAAUGAAAAUGUAAUUAUAAGCAAGGCGGAAGCCUGUAGUUUUGUUGAAAGCAGUUCCAAGGCUGAACAAGCAGUAUAUACAGAUGAAGAGAUUGAGAGGAUGAUGGAAAUAGCUAAUACUUCUUCCGAUCCUGAAAUGGAUAUAGAAAAUCCUGUACUAGCUCAAAAGGCAAGUGAGGCUAUUGCAGAAGGGCCUCCAGUAUCAGCUCAAAAGGCUAGUGAGUUGAUUGCAGAAGAGCCUAUGCUGUCAUCUAUUUCAAUUGAAAGUAACAUGGAACUUGGUCAGACUGGGAUCCAGGAGGGCCUGAAUGGUACCAUUGGAACCCUUUCGCAUGAAAGUUUCGUUUCAUGUAGUAGUGAAUCUGACACGUCCUCUGUGCAAAUGGAUGUUGAUGUUAAAGUCGUGGAAUCAGAAUAUCAAGAUAAUCUGGACUAUUUGCCUGAUUCUGGGGAGGAACUGCAUGAAGGGGAGUUUGAUACAUCAAGUGACCAAGAUGUGGAGAGGUCUGGUGUUGAAGCUGGCCAUAGGAGAAGACGAUGGUUUGAUAACAGUGGAUGUGUUGGGGAUGCUGAUCGACCUAGCAUUCUGGAAGGUAACCACAUAGAUUUGGAGAUAGAUCAGGAAGUUUUGGAUGAAUCUGAAUUAGCAGGAAGUGUCGAAAUCCAUGCUGGUAAACUAGACUGCAGUGUUGCAGAGGCUACAACUGCUAGAGAUGCUGAUACUUCUUCCAGUCAGGAUGGCAGCAGAAUUAAUGUUGAAACAACUCCAACGAGAAGAAAAUGGUUUGUUAAGAGAGGUGAAGAGGGAGUGCCCGAGCCGGUGUCUCUUUUUGAAGGUAUAGAAGUAAAUUUGGUGGUGCCGCUUGAAAAUGUGAAUGAGUUGGUAAUGCCCAACAUCUCAGGCCACUGCCUUGACAAGUUAAACACCAAAUCUGUUGAAUCUCUGAAUGCUGUGAAGUCUGAUGUGACAAUUAAUGGGGAAAAGAGCAAGCAGAAUGCGGAAGCAGUUCCGAGAAGGAGAAGAUGGUUUGAGGGUGGAGAGAGAGCAGGACCAGGUCAGCAAGUAAGAAUUAAUGAAGAUGUUGGGAUAGCUAUGGAAAUAGAUCAUGAAUCCAAAGCGAAAGGGGAUGGGGAGAAACAUGUAAAACUUGAUAGCAUGCCCAUUUCACCGGACACUGAUGGGGUAAACAAAAAAGUGGAGACAGUAAAGGAACACCGCAGUGACCGAGAUGAUUUGAACAGGAGAGAAAAGGAGAGAGGAAAAGAAAAAAUAGCGGUUGAGAGGGCAAUUCGUGAAGCUAGGGAGAGGGCAUUUGCUGAAGCCAAGGAAAGGGCAAGAAGAGAUGCAGCAGAGAGACCAAAUGUGGAAGUACGUCAGAGAGUAGCAGCUGGAGUUCAAGAGAAGAUGGGAAAGGCUUCAUCUGAGGCCUGUUCGUCUACAGAUAAGGCCUCAGUGGAAGCAAAACUAAAAGCAGAGCGUGCUGCUGUAGAAAGAGCGACAUCAGAGGCUCGGGAGCGUGCACUGCAAAAGGCUUUAUCAGAGAAGGCUUCUCACAGAUCAAGAGAACAGGCAGGAAGAUAUUCUUCCGAGAAAAGUUCAUCAUUGGAGACAAAAUAUCAAAGCUCAAGAUGUUCAGAUUCUUCAAAUAAUAGCGAGAAACUUGAUGGAGCUGAUGUUGAAUCUGCUCAGAGGCGUAAAGCCAGAUUGGAAAGGCAGAAACGAACAAUGGAACGAGCAACUAAUGCUCUGGAAGAGAAGAAUAAGCGUGAUCUUCUAGCUCAGAAGGAGCAAACUGCAAAAAAUAUGCUGGCAGAUUCUCUGGAUGCCGAGGUCAAAAGGUGGUCCACUGGAAAGGAAGGAAAUCUGCGUGCACUGCUUUCAACACUACAAUAUAUUUUGGGUCCUGAAAGUGGGUGGCAGCCAGUUUCCCUAACUGAUUUGGUGGCAGCUACUGCUGUCAGAAAAUCUUACAAAAAAGCUACUCUUUGCGUUCAUCCUGAUAAAUUGCAACAACGAGGUGCAUCCAUCCAGCAAAAGUACAUAUGUGAAAAGGUUUUUGAUCUUCUGAAGGAAGCUUGGAGCAAAUUCAAUCCGGAUGAGCGUUAAGCAGAUUGCUCUAAUGUCUUCUACUCGUGUUUAACUCUUAGGGAGUGAGAAUUAAGUUCUAUUGGACAUCCGAAACUACUGGUUAACUGCAAUGAGUAUCAAUGCCAAUAAAAUUUGGAAUCAUUGACUCUCAAUCUCUCUGGUUCCUGUUACCACAUCCCGGGUGAUAGUGGAUGGUAAUUUUAGUAGAGGGAUUGAAGAAAAUGUGGGUGAAGUCAAGAUGUUUACUCUCACACACACCCUUCCCCAGGUAAAGCAAAGAAAGAACUUCAACCCCUCAGCCAAAGCCAUGAUUGAUGAGCUGUUUAUGCUGUUAGUCAAGGGAUUGGAUCUAAAAACAUAGAGAAAUUGAUCUGGAAAUAUGAAGAUUUCAUCUGCAUUGACUUGGCUUGUAUUCUAUAAUAAUGAUCUUUCUUCCUCGUCAGAUCUUCUCAUGGCCUCAAUUUUCUGGCUGUAGCUUUUUUUUAAGGAUGAAAAAUCAACUCUUGAAGUGCGCGUGGGAUAUUACCUAAACUGCUUCCAGAAAUUCACCAAUUGCGGGAGGGAAUGCAGGUUCUCAUUGUUUUGAAUUUGAGACCUCAUUACAUAAAUGAGAAAAUACAAGCCGUAAAUUUUUGUAUAUCAACGUUUUGUGCAUAAACCGUACAUUUUCAGGAAAUAAUGGAUGUCUAUAUGCAUUCCAAAUUAUGUAUUCCUUGUAAUAGGCGUAGGCUGGUCGUUAGCUUAUGUUGUUUCCUCUUCAGUAGCUUUCCUAUAACAUCUACAGAAUCGAAUUAACAUAAUUUCCCAAACUCUAUUCCAGGGAUUUACUAGUGUUUCAUUAAGAGGACUUGUUCCAUUCUCCUUCAA